UGGGCCAGCCAGCCACGCGCAGGUGGUGCGCUAGGUCUUCGUUCCUUCCCGGGAUUCCUUCUGGGCCCAGGAAGGUCCGGCUGGGUCUCCGUGACCACAGGCCCGAGGCUGGCGACGGCUGCUCCCUGCUUUCGGCUUCCAUCCGGAUGGAAGAGCCCUCCGGGAAGCCCCUCAGCUGUGCGGAGAAGGAAAAGUUGAAGGAAAAAUUAGCAUUUUUGAAAAAGGAAUACAGCAAGACACUUGCUCGUCUUAAGCGUGCCAAAAGAGCUGAGAAGGUUAAGAACUCUAAGAAAGCAAUAGAAGAUUGUGUGCCCCAUCAGGAAACCUCCCCACAGCUAAGCCGCUCUGAACCUAUAAAUGAAGGCUCUCCUUGUGGCACGCUACAAAUCAACCAUCUUGAUGAGGAAACUGGAGAAAACAUCUCUACCAUACUUGAUGUUGAACCUCAGCCCUUUAGCCAUAAAAAUGACCAACAAGAAGUACUAUAUACACAAAGAGCAGGUGACAUCCAAGAACAAUCUCUGCAUGUCAGCAGCAGCCCUGAUGGUAAGAAAGGGCAGAAUACACUACCAGGAAGAGCAAAGAAGCAGUGGAAGAAAACAUCUGCUUCACAGGAGAAAGAGUGUUUCCUUGGCACUAAUUCUCUCGUGCUCCCUGACAAGCAAGGAAAGACACAGGAAACAAUCAGUAGCAAGAGUCCUAGGUACCCAAUAACUGAAAAGACUUGCCUUUUAAAUCUGAAGUCUAAAACUCCUGACCCUCCAGCCCUUGAUACAGAAAUUGAUGGUGAACGUUUAUUAAUUCCAUCAUCUGGCAAAUCAGAAAGGAAUCUUGGUACACCUUUAAAAGAAAAUAAUGUCUCCAUGGAGACUACAGUUCCUUCAUGUACUGUGUCAGACAACAGUCAUAGUCAACACCUUGAGCAUAUACCUCCUAACCGUGACUGCAAAAUUCCUACUCAGGGCCCAGCUUCAUCCAUAAGCCUGGAGGAACAAGAAAGAAAAACUACUAUAUUUAUAGAUAACCCAGCAGUAAAUAAAGCUGUGAGUGCCAGUGAUCAGCUUCCAGAAAGUUCUAAUUCAGAGGCAAGUAAUUCAUGUUCUGUAAAUGAUCUCACUCACAGUAAUUUGCCAGCAAAUACUACCCAAAACUUUAAAUCUUUAAAAUCUCCUGGUAACAUUGUUGGUGAAAGAAAAGAGAGUCUUCAAGCAGAUGAGAUUCUAGGUUCUUCUAAGAGCUUCAGCCCAGCAGCAGUCUCUCCUCCUGCCACAGAAAGUCAAAUACAUUCUUGUACAAUGCUUGAAGGCCUUCCGUUUCCUGCAGAAUACUACGUUAGAACUACCCGUCGUAUGUCAGACUAUCAGAGAAAAAUAGCUCUGGAAGCUGUAAUUCAAAGUCACUUGGGUGUCAAGAAGAAAGGACCUAAAAAUAGAAGGAAAGCACCUAAGGAUGUAGUCCUCUCCAGUGAAGAGACUGACCAAAGGGAGAGUAGUGUGUUGGACACAUGCACAGGACAGUCCAGUUCAGGAAGUCCCUCUCAGGAACUAAUCUCCUCAGCUGAGGUCAGCUCUCCCACAACACCUGCUACAACUGACAGCCAACCUGGUAGACGACGCCGAGGAAAACAAAAAUCAGUUCGAACCUCCACACAGGAUCGUCAGCUGAUUUUCCCUCCUUGCAGCACACUGGAUAUGAACAUGUCCAAGGGCAAAUUCACCAAGGGCUUCGAGUUACCUGAUGAAGACUUUGGGCCUCUUAAGCUUAAAAAAUUGAAGUCCUACUCAGAAAAACUGAUUGAGUCUCUUGACUCAAAAACCUAUGGAGAGAGACUUCCUAGGGAAGGAAAUCGUGCCACUCUGGAGGAACUGCAAAUAGAUUCAGAAAUGGAGGACUUGAAAGAAGAACUCCCUGCUCCAUCAGGAGAAGCCCAGCAUCCAGGGCCAUCCCAGAGAAGGCAGCAUCCAAGCAGGGGUCUUUCUUCAUCCGUACUGCUUUUCACUCCUACAGAUACGGCUGCACCUAACCACAGUGGCAGAUCUACUGCCUACCUGUGCUCACCUGCUUUCCCCAUCUUAGGCACGACUCCAGCUUUCGCCUCCCAAGCAACCAGUGAGAAUGUAGCCUCUGAAGUUAGGCAGACUUGCUCUACAUCCCAGCCCUCUCACCUGGGAGACAUAAGCAGCCUUGCUAGUAACAAACAAUGCAACAGUUCAGCCAGCUCACCAAAAGUGGAUACCAGCCUGCACGUGUCAGGUAGGCAAGGACAACCUGCCUGUGACAGAGACUCUGGCCCCCAAGCAACACCUCUACCCAUUGAGUCAUUCACUUUCAGAGAAAAUCAGCUCUGUGGAAAUGCAUGCCUCGGGUUACAUGAAUAUUCCACUGAACAGACUGAAAUCGCAGACCUCCCUGCUUGUGACAGCUGGAACCCAGGCAGCCUACAGUUGGUCUCAAAGUUCAAGAAUCCUUCCAGUUCCUGUUCCGUGGAUGUGAGUGCCAUGUGGUGGGAAGGAGCUGGUGCUAAGGAGCCAUGUAUCAUAACUGCUUGUGAAGAUAUAGUUUCUCUUUGGAAGCCCUUGGCUACUUUGGAGUGGGAAAAAGUUCAGUCCUGGCACUUCACAGAGAUUCCAGUGUUACAAAUAGUUCCAGUGCCUGAUGUUUUUAAUCUUAUAUGUGUGGCUUUGGGAAAUUUGGAAAUCAGAGAAAUCAGGGCAUUGCUGUGCUCCUCUGGUGAUGAAAGUGAAACGCAAGUACUACUGAAAUCUGGAAAUAUAAAAGCUGUGCUUGGCUUGACAAAGAGAAGACUAGUUAGUAGCAUUGGAACCUUUUGCAAUCAACAAGUACAAAUCAUGACAUUUGCUGAAGAUGGAGGUAGCAAAGAUGAACAACUUUUGAUGCCCCCUGAUGAGACUAUAUUGACUUUUGCUGAAGUCCAGGGGAUGCAGGAUGCUCUGCUUGGUACCACCACUGUGAACAACAUUGUGAUCUGGAAUUUAAAGACUGGCCAACUCCUGAAAAAGGUGCACAUUGAUGACUCUUACCAAGCUUCGGUCUGUCACAGAGCCUAUUCUGAGAUGGGGCUCCUAUUUGUUGUUCUGAGUCAUCCUUGUGCCAAAGAGAGCCAGGCCUUUGGAAGCCCCAUGUUUCAGCUUCUGGUGAUUAACCCUAAGACAGCUCAGAGUGUGGGGGUUCUGCUAUGCUGUCUUCCUCAAGGGCAAGCUGGCAGGUUCCUGGAAGGGGAUGUGAAAGAUCACAUUGCAGCAGCAGUCCUGACUUCUGGAACAAUUGCCGUUUGGGACUUGCUUCUGGGUCACUGCACUGCUGUCCUCCCACCCGUCUCUGAUCAGAAUUGGUCUUUGGUUAAAUGGUCAAGUACAGAUUCUCACUUGCUAGCUGGACAAAAGGAUGGAAAUAUAUUCAUAUACCGCUACUUUUAAGAGGCAAAUAGUUUCCUGGGUAUUUCGCCUCUUAAUAGUUUUUUUUUCAAGAAUACAGUAUCUAAAAGACAUUUGACAUGAUUGCUUGAAUGAGUUCCCACAAACUUUAUUUUGAUGGUGUCACUACUGACCGUAUUUGUUUAUAUUUAUGGUGUUAUGGUUUUAAAUCUAUAUUUGCACAUUUGCCAUUACGGGUGUACAUAAACAGUAAAUGUUAAUAAAUAUUUAUUUUGAUACA